AUGGGAAACGAAACGAAUCAGGGCCGGGUUGUUCGAAGCUGGGUUAAGAUAACCCAGGGUUAGUGCAAAUUUCGAACUCAGAUAUGAGAGCUUUAAAAAGCCAAUUCAGUUGAAUUCUCUUUGCCUACAAUUUGAUGAUUGGAUAUGCUAAAAGAAUAGAGAAAAUUAUCCGGAGAGGCUGCUUUUGAUAUAAAGAAAAAGAAACCCGGGUUAAAAUUUAAGCCCGGGUUAGCGCUAACCGGCUUUCGAACAACUGGGCCCGGGACCCUAAAAUAAGUUCUCUCGACAAGGUAGCGAAAUGCAUGAUUCUGUCUAAACCGAGUCAGGGUUUGAAAGCUUUGGCAGGACUUCGGGAAACGGGUUCCUGGUCUAAAUACGAUUUCCUUUCCCCUAUUUUUUCGAAAAUUGCAAAGAAGAACUUAGUAAUAAAAUGAUUGGUUUCAAGAGGGUCAAAAACGUGAAGAGCAAAAAACGUGUCUUCAUGAUCACGCAUCCAGUGCCGGAGGCAGCCCUGUCAUGUCAGUAUAUUGUGUUGGCCUACGCAGAUGUUUCUUCACGUAAAUUAACUUGUAAUAGAGUGGAGAAGUGUGACGUCACGUUACCAUGGUAGCACUAUUUCUGCAUGACAACAAAACCAACGACGACUGCCACAGCAAGGAGAACGAAAAAAUAAUAUGUUUAUAUUAACAAACAACAACUUUGCACGUGCAUCACGCUGUUUUGUACACUUCUUUGCCGUCGUUGCACCACUACGACAUGAAACUUCUUAAUUUCACGAGCCCGCUUUAUGGAGUAGGUGAACACAACACAAAAAAUUGUCGCUUUCUUUUUCUAAACUUAGAUAACGAUAAAUAUGGUCCCAAAGAAAAUUUCGCCAAGAUUUGCCAAAUUAAAUUGAAUGAAAUUGAAUAAGAUCGGUGAAGUUUGAAAUAGUGCGAAUAGACUUUUAAGUGACUUUAUCGGUUUGUUGUCAUCCAAAAAUUGUGCUACCAUGGCAACGUGACGUAACGACUUCUCCUUUCUAUUCAAACCGAAACUCAAUGAUCCCUCUUAUUAUCUGCGCACCCCCUAACGCUCACUCCUCAUUAGGCCUUGGGAUAGACUUGCCGUAUAAACCGUUUCACUUCUAACCGCCUGGCCAAAAAGAGCCCCCCAAAAUUAAAUUUCGUUUUGUAAAAUCGUAAGAAAUAAAUGGUACUCUGCAAACGUUCUACUAAACAGGUUUCAUUUGAAUAGCAGCACCAUAGGAUUUCGCCCACAGACUCAUUGUUGUUCCGAGCCUCUUUUUCAAAGCGAGGCUAAGUGCAACAGGAAAGGUUUUGCACUCAGUAGCCUCGUUUCUAAAGUGAAAGUUUAUGGAACUCGGCAAAAAUUACCUAUUGUUGACAAAAGGCGGGGGUGUGCCUGACUCUAUUUCAGACCAAAAAAUGUCAUUUUCCAUUCCUGUUUUCAGACCAGGGGCCCGUUUCUCGAAAGUCCCGAUAAUUAACGGGCCCGGUAAGCUGUCUCCGUUUACAUUAAAGAUCGAGGUUUCAACAGUUUUGCAUCUAACAUGAUAAAACUGCCAGUUAAUGAAACAAAAUGGAGUUGUUUUCUAGCCAGGACCCGCGCUCUUAUUCUUUAUAUUUCGAUUUGAAUAUUUGAUUUCGGGCCCGUAAAGUUACCGGGACUUUCGAGAAACGGGCCCCAGGCCUCUAAAAUCCAUACCGGUUUUCAGACCUUGCCUUUAGGCAGAAAUUAUCUCAUCAUUACUUAGAUUAGAGCGAAAAAAAAUUUCUUCAAACGCAUUUCGAAUUCACAUAUUUCUAUUCAGUCGUUCUUCAAUUCAUUUGGGAUUGAAAAGACAAGUAUGUUCUUACACUCCCGUAGUUUCCUCGAAAACUAUACCCGAUUCCAGACCAAAAUGGGAAAGUCUAUACCCGUAUUCAGACCAUGUAUUCGGUCGCUAGGGAAAAACAGCCAUCCUAUGUGCUAAUUUGAUAACAUACGUAUUUCUGCAUAAAAAGCAGCGCUAAAGAAAAUUCUGCACCGUUGUUAAUUUAGGUGUUGAAGACGCGUAUGUAUUCAAUUUUUUUCAAGCUUUCUUUUUCGCAUCUAAGUUGCGUUCAUAACAGCGAUGAUUUUUCACUUAUGGAAAUUAAUGUUUUCUUUAAUUAAAACUUACUUUGACUGAAAGAUUUUCCCCACACCAACAAACAACUAUGAUCGUAGGCUACCUAUAACAUCUUGUUUUCUUGUCUGCAUGAUAAAAUUUACUGAAUAAUUGAUAGUGUACUCAGCCAUCUGUUUUCAUUACACAUCUUCCUUGUUAACAGUGACAGAACAGAUUACUUUUACUCAAAUAACAAAUACACUGAGUGAGAGCCUUUGAAGUUAAGUAGACCGAAGUAAUUGACACGGAAUAUGAAAUUCUACUACAUGCUUUUUUGCGUCAUAAUCUUGUAUAAAAGCAUGGCCACGUUUGUAAGAAGUCAUUCUUGUAAUGAAGGUAUGUUUAAGAACCUUUUUUUCUAAUGCUCUUGAAACGCUAACAGUUAGCCAAAUUUUGCAGCAAUUUAACAGAGGAGGGAUAUUUUGCGCAUUUAACAGAAUUGCGGUUUAGUUGAUAAAAUUCCCCCGUGCUGCAGUUUUCGAAUUAAAUACAACCAUUAUUUCUCCACUCUGUUCCAUGUUUUUGUUUUUUUCGAUUUGAUAUAUUCUUUUUCGUAGUGAGUUCAGCCCUCUAAGUUACUAAAAUGCAAGCUCUUUGACAGAAACUUAAGGAAAUCCAAGUCAAUUGUUUUCCCAUUAAUUUUAUACCGUAAGCUUUUUUAAAAACAUUGUGACAUAUCUGAGUGCUUAAAAGUCGCUUGACAUUAAGUAUUAUACGGGACUUAAGACGCUUAGUUAAUUAACCAAUGCUGCGUUUAGAAGGUUAGAAGCUGCAGCUGCUAACAGCUAGAUCUCCAAGGUCUUGUGUUUUACUUUGAGUAUCACCACCAACUGGAGACUCAGCUGGACUUAUUUUGAAACAAGUCAAAUGCGACUCCAUGGUGGAGAGUGUUUAAUUUAGUCUUGACUGUCACGUCCUGUGAAUUUUUUAAUGAAGGGAAGUUGACCUCCAACAGUGCAAUAUUUACCUAGAUUCAUGGCAUUUAGAUUUAGACUGUGUUUGAAUUAUUUACGCUGACUGUUUCUGAAUUAUUUACGCUGAUGUUAUCGCAUUAAUUAUAGAUUUCACAUAGUUAUAUGUUAAUUUUACAUAAUAUAGCUUUAGGUUAUCAGGAACAGGCUUGAUUCGUACUUGACAGAGGCAAAAUAUGAUGAACAAAAAUAAUCAGAAUUUUCAUCGAUAGGCUGUUACAGGUGGAGAGGGAUGGAUGGGGGGGGGGGGGGGGGGGUUAGUGAGUUUUUGAAGUGGAGAAGUGGGAGUAGCCUGUGUACAUACCCCCCUCCCCCCAGGAAAAAUGAGUGUAGUUGUCAAUGUGAUGAUUUUCAGAUUGCCUGCUAUGUAUUGACGACAGGCCCUAAAACCAAUCAAAAUCCCUCAUUUACAUGAUGCAGUGAUAGAUCAUUCUCUCUUGUCUACGAGUAACAGCUAAUCAAAUUAUUUUCCACACAUUCCGGGAAAAAUCACGCGGCCUCCAUACACGAUUAGCAACGGUGAAUCACAGACUCCCCUUCUCCGAUUUUUCCUGACGGGAUGGGGGCGGGGGUCUGUACACAGGCUGAGGUGGGAGUUUUUCAUUUCAGCGUCAGAAUUUUAACAUUCUGCGGAGCUUAACUAGAGACUUUUGUUCUUGGGCCAUCGUAGUUUCGUAGUUUGAUCAAAACUAAAACACAAACAGAGGUGAUAAACAUUGUGAGUUUUCGCAUUUUUUAUAAACUUGACGUUUUGUAUGUUAUUCAAAAUACAUUUUCAAAAGUGAUCUUAAGUGACCGUUGAAGAGAGAAUGCUAACCGCUGAACAAAAUACGGAAUCCUUAUUUAAAUUUGAAUAGGAAACCCAAAUGAACUCUAUUACAAGUGUUAGAAAUAUCGUUCUGCUAUUUUUUUUCUUAAGGUCCUUGUCGCGAAUUGGCGUUCCCAAGUUUUCUUUUCUUUGCCGACAAGCGCCUGAUGAACCACACCAUAAAAACUUUAAAAGUUCGCGAUCUGGAUGAGUGUGAGUUGAGGUGUUACUACGAGCACAAUUGUGUCAGCCUUAAUUUUGAAAACAAAAUGGUUGGAAAUGGAAAAUACAGCUGUGAAUUGAACAAUUCUACACACGGAGAACACGAUGAAGACUUUGUGGAGGCACCAAAUUUCCUUUACCGCGGAACAAACGUAAGAUCAUUAAAUUUUAACGUUAUCCAGUCUCCGAGCCUAUUAAUACCAUAUGGAGCUCACCCUUUGGGCUUGACUGUGUUACAAUAUUUUGCAAAGAUCAAAAAUUAAGGAGAUAGUUUCUGUUUGUGAUAACUGCACGGGAUCAUGUGAAUAUUAUGGAAUUUGACGCGCUGAGGGCCGGGUACGUCAUUUAUGAUGGCAGCCGAGUUGGCCGUCAUAUUGGAUGUCAUUGAAAAUUCAGGUUUAUCCCAAUGGAGUAAACGCAAACCAUCUUUCUUUUGAACCCCCCAACUAAAUCUGACAACUACACUAGGUCUCUUCCUUUCGCCAUUAAACACCUUAAAACAACAUCCCUUUAUGUAUGUAAGACGGGCUAAUCCCUAAACCCGACGCUUAGAGUUGGGCUCGGACUGACAAUCUUUACUCACUUUCCUUGAAUCAUGAUAAGGCGGACACCUCUAGCAAAGGUUUAGAAAGGCUCAGAAGCAUAAAGCAAUAUCUCUUUUCCAUAAUGUUUUCCCCAGAAUCCUUGUGGUAGUUCUCCAUGCAAAAAUAACGGGACUUGUCAAUCAGGAUUUACCAAGAAAGGAUAUCACUGCUUGUGUCGAGGCUGGACAGGUGCAAACUGCCAAAUGGGUAGGUCUGAAAAGUGGACUUAAUGGACGUAGUAGUUAUGAAACCACGCAAGCUGUACCGCACUUAAAAGGGGGAAACCACAAGUGAGAACAUUAAUUUGAAAGAAAGUAUAUCUGCUGUGAUAUUAGCCCUGCCAUUGUCGACAAAACCAUCACAAGCGCAUCAAGCGCAGGGCCUUCCAGACGGAAGCAGCGUUUUCAGGAGCUUGUGCGUUGAUGAAAGAGUUUUCCUUUCACUUUGGAGUGGAUUCAGGAUUUGCGGCACGUUUCUCUUUACUUUCACCUUCGUUUAGCCUAAAAUUCUCGAUCUGAGUUAUAAUUUGAAGUUGAGUUAAUUUUCGGUGGACUGUCGACCUGUCGUGUAAACGAGACAGUUCCACUGUCCAUUCAUCGUUUUCUUUGCAAAGUAACUGAAUGAGUCUUCUAAUAACUAUCUUCACCUAGAUAUUAACGAAUGUGAUGAAAACAGUCACGAGUGUAGCCAGAACGCAGAUUGUAAAAACACAAAGGGAUCUUACAGAUGCAACUGCAAGACUGGAUUCUAUGGAGAUGGAUACAACUGCACAGGUAUCCCAGUGUUUAUUUGGGUCCUUAGUUGUUGUAAACAGUUUAGAAAAGAUCUAACCAGCUAACAUCAAUAAAUUGCAAAAGAUCAUCCUCUUAGGAACGGCACGUAUACUAAGAAGAUUUCUGUCCAUCCAGUAAAAUAUCCCUCUAGCAACUCAGGACCAAGGAAUGGGCCAGUUUCUAACAGACUACAAGGAACAACAACAAUAAUAAUAAUAAUAAUAAUAAUAAUAAUAAUAAUAAUAAUAAUAAUAAUAAAUAAAUUAAUUAAUUAAAGAGCCGGUAUCCAGAAGAAAAGGUAGAAGAGUGGAUUUUAAAUCCAGCGUGCUGAUGGAAGUGGAAAGCUCAGUUAUAAGCGAGGUAUUAUUUCUCUGGCCAAGAAGACGAAAAGGGGAGCUUGUAGCAGAAAUAUUAUGCUAGUAUACCAUUGAUCUAUUUGCAUAGGAAAGAGAGGGAGAGAAGACUUAAAAGAAAGGGUGGCUUAUUCACUGUCUUCCGCUUUAUAAAGAAUAUAAACGCAAGUGAGAUGUAAGUAGUUGAUUCACACUAUUACAACACUAUUCUAGAUAUCAACGAAUGUCAAGAAGAACUGAGAUGUGGAAAGAACGCAACUUGCACGAACACUGAAGGAUCUUUCAGAUGCACCUGCAAUAUUGGUUACUAUGCAGACGGAUACAUCUGCACAGGUAUACCACUGUUAGUGCAAACGUCCCAAGACUGAAAGCAGUUGCAAGCGAGGGUAAAAGACAUCACUGAUUUUCUGAUCACCAUCAGAAAAACAGCCUGAAGUAUGAUGAUGUUUACCGGUUUGAGGUUGCCAAUAGUUCCUGGUAAAGAAAAAAAAACGGCCAUGCAAUAAAGUGUUAACAAUAACUGGUGCGCUAGAUGGAGAUUUUUUUUUCUUUAGCUUUUGUAAAAAAAAAAACCACUGCACUGAACACCAACGAAUCUUCUAAAGUCUGAGGCAUUGGCUGCUUUGACAGUUAUGAUCGUAAAUCACGUAAAUCGUAAACUUUUAAACAAAACAUUAUAUGAGAAAGGACUGGUUUGUUUUUUAGAGGAGUUAAGGAAAACUCUUUAACAACUGCCUCUGGCAACAUAGUGUCUCAUCGCUAGCAGAAAUGUUGAUCAGUCUGAUAUUUUUCUGACGAGGUAAAAACUGGUUUGGCUGCUCUUCUGAUUUAAUUCUUCUCGAUCUUAAUAAUAAUUAUGCUUAUGAAAAUUUCGCUAUUAAAUUGUCUCCUAUGGCUUCUCUUUUAACACGAACAAAUUGAUUAUCUCACUGUCACAGCCAUCUCACUCUCUGAUCUUAAAUAUCUUUUGUUCUCAAACUAGAGUGUUACACAAUAUUUGACUUCGAAGACCAUGAUUUGUCAAAUUGGACUUUAAAUGGUACAGCAUUCAAUAAUCAGCCAACAUACGGGGAUAACCUAUCAGGAAGGAAGCAUAAGUUUGAGAGCAACCACAAAGGGGAUUGGUGGAUUGGUACCUACGAGAAUCGGUCCAGUCCCUCUGAACCGUUUGGGGGACAGCAAGGUGAUGGUCCUCAAGGCUCAAUGACGUCACCCAGUUUUCAGAUUACUGGAAAGUUGCUUACCUUCCUGAUUGGAUCAGGCUGCGACAAGAGUUUUCCAAACAUUCGUGCUGAGCUUAUUAUUGGUGGGGAAGUGGUUCGCAAUAAGACGACAAAGGCGUGUGAUGAAGCUAUGAAAGAGGAAAGCUGGAAUGUAACAGAUUACGCUGGUAAAAAUGCCCAGUUGCGUUUGGUUGACAAUUCCUCAGAGGAAUGGGGUCACAUCAAUUUUGAUCACUUACAAGCUUGCCAUAAACUCAUUUCAGAUAUGGAUUCUUGA